CUGAGCGAGGUCAGGGAUUGAACCCAUAACCUCAUGGUUUCUAGUAGGAUUCGUUUCCGCUGCGCCACAACGGGAACUCCUGUAUCAUUUCUGGCAUUAGACACAGUAUAACCUGUGCCUUUCUGAUUAAACAGUUGCCAGUUCAUACUAUAUAACUCUUAAUGACUAGAUUUGCGGUUUUGUCCUGUGGUGUCUUGAGGCUGAACAUACCCAAGUGUGACACCCUAUGUUUCAACACACCCUCUUGCUAACACUCCUGAAGGUUGUCGUGCAUGGAAAUCAAAUUCUUACUCACCACUCUGCUAUCUAAAAAGAUACUUGCUAGGAAAAAAAAAAAAGUAAAAAGAUUCUUGCUUCCAUUCUUUCCAUCCCCACAGGGAAGUCAUGUUUUUAAAAUGAUGUAUAAACACAGAAGUGAUGGUGCUUUAAGUGGUUUGUCAUCAGAAUGGCCAGAGUCAAUGACAUUUGUAUCCACCAUGUCUUAUGGAUAACAUUUAGCAAUGGCCUUGAGGGGAAAACCAGAUGAGUUUUUUGCUAUGCCAUAGAAAGUUCACAUCCAAUUAUACCCAAGUCUCCAUGAUUUUUUUCCUUCUCUCCUGAUUUUUCUUGUUCAGAGCUCAAAAAGGGCCCUUAAACCCCAUCAGGCAGACUGCUCAAAAUUGCAAGUGUUCCUGAUUGCCAUAGAAGAUAGGCUUUUGUUGGGGGAGCAUCUGGAAGUUACGUGCCAUUGAGGGGGUAAUGGAGACUCUCAGUGUCAGUGCUACGUGGGAGGCCAUGAGGAGUGGUGACGUUGAAGGAAUUUAGGCAGGUCCUAGGGUUUUCCCAACAGUUACCAAGAAUGAGCUCUCCUUUCAUCUUUGAGUGCACCGCAGUGCAGUGUACACCAAGGUUCCUGAUCUGUGUCCUCUGCCAAGCAAGCUGUGACUUUGGGUUGGCUGUGUCUUUGUUCCUUGAGCUCCUCUUUCUUGUGUCCACCUUAUCUUUCAGAGAGAUUCCACUGUACUUUGAUACGCAAUUGUAUGACCAUCUGAAGCCCAUUUUCCUGUCUUACUUGCUGGUUAAAAGAAUAAAAAUAAUGAGAUUUGGUCAUUUCCUUCACUUCCCUCCCCUUUGCAAAAGCAACUGGUGAAAUGGAAGGAAAAAAGCUGAAAGCAACCAGACUGGACCUUUGGCAAAUAAUACAGAUGGCAAAUAUAUCUCCUUUGGAGUAAAACAUUAGUCUGAUAAUUUUUGGCAGUUCAGAUAAGAUCAUUUUAACCCUGGAGAUUUGCUUUAGGUUCAACAAGUUAGUUUUUUCUACAAAUUAACAUUUUUGGGGCGUUUCCACUGUGGCAUGGUGGGUUAAAGACCAGGUGUUGCCUCUGUGGUGCUGCUUGUUAGAUCCCUGGCCCAGCACAGUGGGUUAAAGAUCUGGUGUCUGUCUAUAGCUGCAGCUCGGAUUCGAUCCCUAGCCUGGGAACUUCCAUAUACUAGCAGGUGUGACCAUUGCUAUUGUCUAAAGCAUUGUACAACUGGUUGUAAAGAUUUUGAUCAAAGUAAAAGCGUUUGUCAAUAGAAAAGGGACUUUAUCUUCAAAACCUGGUAAAAUUUAUGAUGGUUUUUCGCUUCCCUACAAUGUUUUCCUGUGGUUAAAAGUAAUUGCAGUGAUUAAUCUGUUUUAUUGCAAGUUUUAACUAAAAGGAUAUAACUGAACUUCCUGGAGCAUGAGAGAGUCUGCAUCCAUCCCCAGUCAUGAGGCUGACAGUCUUUGUUUGCUACAGAGUAACAAACGGAAACUACAGGCUCACUCCAUCUUUCUUGUAACUCAGCCAGAUAAGCUGACUGCAGACCAAACAAUAAUGUCAUGGGGACACCCAUCAGGGAAUGCAUUAGCAAGUGAAAAAAGGGAACAAUACAAACCAUAUUUCACUUUCCUUUAUCUUGACUUACUGAGGACACACUGAAUUAUUUUCUGUAACUUGCUGGAUGUCCCCCAGUGUUCAGACUUUAAGUAUUUUGUUCAUAGAUGAAAAUCAAUCAACUCAUUUCUUCUCUAAGGACCAAAGGAUGUAAUAUAUUCUCUUUUAGUUUCUCCAAGUUAUUCAGCACCAUACAGGUAGACCGGGAAGGGAUUCCAGAAGUAUUAGUGGGAAAUUCUGGAUGUAUAGAUAAUUCCAGAACACUUCCUUGUCCCUUUAAGAUAGGUCUCUCAAAUGUAAGCAGAUGCUUCCGUCUGCCUGCCGUGCCAGUCAGCGCCUGACCUGCAUACUUAGGGUCUGCCACAAGCAAGGUUAGGAGAGUGGGGAUGGGGUAAGAGUGAGAGGUGGAAUGUGACUUGGAUCUCUUUUGUCUACAUUUUAGGGGAUUUUUAUUUGGUGUUGGAGAUGUGAGCAUUUGCUUCACUCAAAAACCUGCCAGCAAAUGGUACUGAGCCUUGAAAUGAGUUUGAAAAUAAGAGGCUGCUUAGUAAAAAACAUGGAUGCUAUGUCCUCCUUGUCCCGUGAGGUUUUGCUCUAGGUUCACCCAGAAUAGUGAGGAGGAGGGUCGAAGGGGGUGGGAGGAGCUGUUGGUUAAUUUGAGUUUGAAUGCCAUUUCUUAUGUUCUCACAGUUUUGAAAACUGCUUAUAGUAAUAUUUACACUUGUCAUUUUAAGCAUGUGAAGCCUGUUAAAUGGCAUUCAAGGAAGUUAUCCUGAAAAACAACAGAACUGAUCACGUUUCAUGUGGUUGAAAUAUUAUGGAACUGAUCAUCAGAGCCACAAUUUGACAUAGCAGAAGAUAAGCUGUAGGGGGGAAGAAACCAAAAAUAUAAUGGCCAUUGGGAAUAAUUGAGUCUGGGCCAAUUGAAGCUCAAUAUUUGUUUUUUAUCAUUGAUACUUAAUCACUUAUUCCAGGUUAUUUAAUCCUUAGCAUCUAAUGUAUUUUAGGAAAACUUUGGUGUUCAGACAAUGGAAAUAUUGGUUGAAAGAAGCUAAAACUAACAAAUACUAGAAAAAUAAAGAGCUGGGCUGAACUAAAGUGGCAGAAGAAAUGACAGUGACUGCUAACAUGAACAUUUCUGAAAAAUACUGUCUUUUCGUUCAGAUAUUUGAAACAAAACAAAAAAGGCACAAGGAAACCGUUUACUAUUCACCAGUAAAAGAUAAAUCUAGCCCGAAGAUGUCUACUGAAGAAGCAUCAAAGUCAUGCAUUUCUCCCUUUUUUUUUUUUUUUUCUCAAGGGUUACCUUUUGUUUUUGAAACAAACCCAAAUUGGUUGGAGAAAAAUGGAUAAGCACAUGUAGAAUCAAAGAUUCAUAGAAUUGAAAGGAACUUUGAGCCGUGAUCCUCACCCAGUUUUUUUUACUCUGGUACUGGGAUAGUGGAUUUUUACAUUCGCUACAAAUGUCUGUCAAUUACAUGUAAUUCCUAGCAUCCAGCUCUAACUCCCUCCUUUUCUCUCUGAAAGCGUGUUUUCAGAAUGCCUUUGAAGGAGGGGAUGUUGUUAUCCAUGUAAUCUUGAAUCAAUUUUAAUUUAGAAAACAAAGUCUGUCACUUGGAUAGAGGCAGCCCUUUGAUCUUAUAUAGAAGAGGCUUAAAACUAUUGCCUUUGGAAUGGAUAAGCAAUGAGAUCCUGCUGUAUAGCACUGGGAACUAUAUCUUGUAAUGAAGCAUGAUGGAGGAUAAUGUGAAAAAAAGAAUGUGUGUGUGUGUGUGUGUUUGUGACUGGGUCACUUUGCUGUACAGUAGAAAACUGACAGAACACUGUAAACCAACUGUAAUAGAAAAAAUAAAAAUCAUUUAAAAAAAAAAGGAGAGGCUUUGUCUGAUUGGCUCUGGGAGUGGGGGGCUUUAUCCAGUUUGUGUAUUUCUUGGGGGUGAGGCUGGUAUAGGGAGCUGAUGGAUACAGUGAGCCUGUGUACUUCAGUCUCCCCAGACGCAACCACUGAUUUGGAAAUUGGGAGCUGUAUUAAUAACUCAUUACCUGUUAGUCUUCUGAGCCAGUUCCAACACACCUGAUUUCAGAAAGUUAAACAAACAAACAAAACAACAGGAGAAAUCUUAAAAGGUCAGUUUGGUUUGCCCUCCAAAUGUGACAGAGUUAUUAAAUAUAUCUGUCUGCAAGUCCUUGAGAGGCAUUAAACAGAGUAGUUCACUAGUCGGUAAACUUCGCAUACAGAUGCUUCUGCAGUCAUAUUUGAUUAUGCCAUGAGGGAAAGUGAGUGCUUCUUACUAGUAUGCCCCAGAUUUUCAUUUUGUAGAUUUGUGGCAUGGGUGUUUUUUACAGCAUGUUUUUAUUUCUAAAUUCUCACACAGUUCUUGUUUUAGCACUCUUCCGGUUCUAUUUGCAGGUUAAAAUGGCAGACCUAUUUUUCCCCCCCCCUGGGCAAGUGUUCUCCCCUGUAUGUAGCUUUCUGGAGUUGUUUUUAUACCCGAAAAUGUCAGGGGCAAGGAGAAGAGAGAAUUAUUCUAAGCUUUCAAAGACCAGGACGCUAAUACGUCAAAGAAGACAAGGGAUUGCGCAGCGAUGUACAGCUAUCAAGUACCACUUUUCUCAGCCGAUCCGCUUACGAAACAUUCCUUUCAAUUUGACCAAGACAAUACAGCAAGAUGAAUGGCACCUGCUUCAUUUAAGAAGAAUCACUGCUGGCUUCCUGGGCAUGGCUGUGGCCGUCCUGCUCUGUGGCUGCAUCGUAGCCACGGUCAGCUUCUUCUGGGAGGAAAGCCUGACUCAGCACGUGGCCGGACUCCUCUUCCUCAUGACAGGAAUAUUUUGCACCAUUUCCCUCUGCACUUACGCUGCCAGCAUCUCCUAUGAUUUGAACCGGCUCCCGAAGCUAAUUUAUAGCCUGCCUGAUGAUGUGGAACAUGGCUACAGCUGGUCUAUCUUUUGUGCCUGGUGCAGUUUAGGCUUUAUUGUGACAGCUGGAGGUCUCUGCAUCGCUUACCCAUUGAUUAGCCGGACCAAGAUUGCACAUCUAAAGUCUGGCAGGGACUCCACAGUAUGACUGUCCACGCUCAAGUUCACUGCUCGGUGGCCCGUCCACGGUGCGGACCACUCUCGAAGGGGACGGAGCAGAGUUCGAGUCAGCAUCCUAAGCACAAAACCGGUCUUUUUUGUCAUAGACCAAAAACGGUCAUUCCAGCCUGUUGCCUGCCAGCCCCUUCUGGAUGACUGAUAGCAAAUCCUGCUAAACCUCCAUACCUUUCCAAGGACGAAACUACAGCGGAUUCAAGUGCUUUAAUGACUAUUUAUGCUUUGACUGUGAGGUGUGGGGAGCAGUGCCAUGGAGCAUUUGAAUUUGGAACAAGAGGGGACCUCGAUGGAAAAAUUUGUAUGAUGGCCAUUUAUUUCAGAAAGUUUGUAUAUAACAAUUACCCGAGAGUCAUUUCUAUUUGCAAAGGGAUUCAUAACAAAGCGAGUAUCAUUUUCUUGUCAUUGGACCGUGCUUGUUAAAUUUUAAUGCGGCACCUUCAGAACUUGUCCUAAUGGUGUCUUGUUGUGUCAGCACCAAGUAUUUGUGCAUUAUUUGUGGAUGUUCCUUGUGACAGGAAGGUUCUUCUGUUGCCUUAUUUAUUUUUAAUUGAAGUCUUUUCUUCGUCUUUAUGCUGGUAUCAAAAAUCAUAAGAGAAACAGAUCAACCGUGGAAGAACUAAUCUGUAAUACUAUGCAGUAUUUGAAGUCCUGUCUAUCGUUCAACCUGUCUCUUUAUGUUAACUGGAUUUCUGCAUUAAACAACUGCCCCCUUGUUAA